AUGACUGAAAAUGAAAAAAGCCGAGAAUUAGAGGGAUCUGAUGAAGUGGUCGUGGAGACAAAAAAUGAAAUUCCGCGGACGAUCGGCUUGAUUGGCGGCAUCUCGUUCAUCAUUGGCACUAUCAUCGGAUCUGGAAUUUUCGUGUCUCCAAGAGGCGUGGCUUUUAACUCUGGGAGCAUAGGAAUGACGAUUAUGAACUGGCUGAUUUGCGGAGUCAUUUCAUUAUUAGGUGCUCUCUGCUAUGCGGAACUCGGGACAAUCAUAACAAAAUCGGGAGCGGACUACGUGUAUCUGGAAGAAGCGUACGGUCCUUGGAUAUCAUUCCAGUACUCGUGGAUCACAAAUUUCAUGUUGAAACCUGGAGCUCAAGCCACUUUCUCGCUGACGUUCGCUCAAUAUGUUAUGACGCCAUUUUUUGACGACGGAUGUGGCGAGGCACCGAACAUCAUCAAGAGGCUCCUGGCUCUGGCAGUCAUAUUUACAUUGGCAGCCAUCAAUUCGUACAGUGUCCGGUUAGCAGGAAAAAUUCAAAUCAUAUUUACUGGGGCCAAGUUGUUUGCUCUCAUAAUCAUUAUAAUUGGAGGCAUCGUCAGAUUGUUCCAAGGCGAAACUCAGUACUUAUCAACGGGGUUCAACGGGACUGAGAAUAAAAUCGGAAAGCUGGCGACGGGCUUCUACAGCGGCAUGUGGGCCUACGAUGGAUGGAAUACAGCAAAUUUCAUGACGGAAGAAAUUAUAAAUCCCUCCAGAAACCUGCCUUUAUCUAUUUGCAUUGGAGUGCCCAUAACAGUCAUCAUCUACAUACUGACCAAUAUAUCGUACUUCACUGUUAUGGACGUUGAAGGAAUGAUCAAUUCUCCUGCCGUUGCUCUGACAUGGGCAGAGGAAGUAAUUCCAAGUGUUGCUUGGCUCAUCCCAAUCUUCGUGGCUCUCUCUUGCUUUGGCACCGGAAAUGGAUCGCUGUUCUCUGGAGGCCGGCUGAUGUACGCCGCAGCCCGCAACCAUCAUUUGCCGGAUAUUCUUGGGAUGGUUCAUGUUCACAAGUACACUCCUAUACCCGCUGUCGUUGUCAUCGUUCUUCUGGCAUUCAUUUUUGUUUUCAUCAGCAACAUAUCAGCCAUGAUCGAUUUUUUGAGUUUCACACUCUGGAUUUUCUAUGCUCUCAAUUUUUUGGGAGUGAUUCUUCUCAAAUUUUCACCGAAGUACAAGAACGUUUAUAGGCCCAUCAAUAUUCCACUAAUCUUUCCACUCUUCACCUUCCUGUUUGCCGUCUUCCUGGUCCUGGUGCCUCUCAUCACUACUCCACAACUUGGCUACUUCUUCGUCCUCCUCUUCAUCAUCAUCGGGUACAUCGUCUUCAUCCCGUUCGUAUUCUUCAAAAUCAAAUGUCCGGGAAUAGGUAAGAUAACCAUGUUUUUCCAACUGUUGAUGCAAGUCUUCAUCCCAGAUUUGUCACUUGAAUGAUGGAACAUCCAGUUCAUCGAAAUUUUUUUGUAUUUAACAUUUAUUUAUAUUAUUUUAGUUCCACUUAGUUAUAAUUUUAUGAUUUGUUUUUAAAACUACUCAGUGAGUUUCAACAUUAUUUUAUUGCCUUAAGGUAACACAAGUAAGUCGAAAUUUUUUUUAAACUAAGUUUAUUACAAUAUAUGUGGUUGC